GCUGUUCUGGAAUUUUCUAUUUGGGGGCGGAGGACUCUAUAAGUAAACCUGGAAAUAAACUAAAUGUGUUCUUAUAAAAGAAAUAACACAAAGUUGAAAUUCAUUCGAUCAGUAACUAGGCCAAAUUUACUGCAACGUGCGAUAUCAUUCGGUGCAGUGGCUAUAAGACCUUUGCUUUGCUUGGCGUCUUCAAUUUGAAAAACAGGUUGCAUAUUCCUGCAAUUUGAAGUCCGGCGCGGCGCCACUCUGUGCACGUAUCGUCCGCGUUCCAAUGUUAGGAUAAGUACAUAGUUGCGAUCGUCGCAUUGUGUCCAUUUGACUAUAAUUUUUGUUGAGGAUCUCUUUCGUGAACUACUCUCUCGACCUCUAUUUAAGGAAGAAUUCAUUAUCACUUUCUCUUUCAAGUUUUUUUAACACACGUGUAUACAAUAUGGAAAGGAAAGUGGUCACUAAACACAGUAGCUCUCGACGUCGAUUCACCGACGACGGCGGAUGGGAUCAUCAACCAAUGCCUAGUCGACUCGGUCUCGAGCAACGCUUCGGCGACGCCGUCCAUUUCGAGGACGACUUCGGCGACUUCCCGUCUCACCCGAGUUCUUCGCAGUACUACGUGACAUCGAGGCCGACGACGGCGAUGGUGCCUUCGAGGAGGAUGGAAGUCGCCAGCAUGCCUCCGAUGAGGAUGGGGAGGACACCCAUUCCCGUGUCGACGGGGGAUGUCAUGAUGACGGAUACCGACUUCAAAGUGGCUGUCGACGUCAGUAACUUUGACCCGGAGGACAUCGAAAUCAAGAUCGUUGAAACCGAACUCACCGUGCACGGCAAGCACAUGGAAAAACAGGACGACCACGGCAAGAUCUCCCGGGAGUUUACCCGUCGCUAUACCCUCCCACCCGAUGUCGACCCUACCACUGUGACGUCAUCACUGGGCCAAGAUGGCAUCCUGGCUAUCCAAGCUCCCCGCAAUCCUCCCAAACCAAAGAACCAAAACAUCCCCAUCAAGGUUGAGAGUAAGCCAGCCAUCGGAGGGGCUAAGAAGUAAAAUCACCGAAAGUUCUGGGGCCCCGUUUCAUAAAACUUGUUAUAAUAACAAAUUCGCAAUAACAGUUUAAAGCAACUGGAAUCAUACAAUAUUAUGAUUGGCUGAUAGUAAACUUGUUAUAGACAUUGUGCGUUUGCUAUAAUAACAAGUUUUUAUUUUAUGAAACGGGCCCCUGGUGGUAUUAUAGUCAAGCCACCAGAACAAACUCCAAACCGAUUUCACCCCAGCUGGUUACAAACUUUAAUGUGCCAUGAAAAUAAAUUUUAACGAGAUGGGGAGAUAUGUUACCUCGCCAUGUCGACUUUUACAGAGUCUGUUGUAUGUCGACAUGGCGAGAUACGUGAUCGACGUUUACUGUUUACUGGGCAAGAUUGUUAUCUCGCCGUAUCAUCAUAUCGCCUUUUCUGGGGCUGACUUGACAAGAUCUCGCCAUGACGACAUAUAAUUUUUUUAUAGGACGACUUGUCAAAAUUUUACCAUGCCAAAAUAAACCUUUUUGUAAGUCGACAUGGAGAGAUAACGCAUUUCCAUGUUGACAUACAACUUUUGUGUGUCAGUUUUCACAAAACAACAUAUCUCGCAACAUAAUGAGUGUAUUAAAGUCGACUUGGCAAGGUGACGUAUCUCGCCAUGUCACUAUCGGGCCGACUUCGGUUUCACUGAUGUGACCGUAUAUGUUCCCAAAGUUAUGUUACACAAAGCUUUAUAACGAAUGCCGGUAAUAGCCCAUAAAGUGUAAACAUAUAGUCCCAAAGUCGUACCGGACGGUGUAGUAAAUCGUUACUGCGACAAAGGUAAUUUCACUAACAGAAAAUAUUUAUUUUACGUCUCUAAAUGAGAGAUCGCAAUAUACAAAAGUGCUAAUUGAUAUCUGCUUAUUCAGAUUUUAGGUCAUGCGAUUAAAACCAUUGGAGAACUCGAUGGCUUGCCAUAAAACAGUUGUUCGUAACAUGUCAUUGUAACUUUAAAACCAGCUUUGUGAAACACCUCCUGCAUGGAGCACCGACUUGUAAAGAGUUGUGAUCGAUCGAUUUAAAUCGAAUUAAAAUUGAUAUUGAUCUCAAGUUGUGUUGUUAAAAUAUAGGAAUUGAUAACAAUCCCGGUUUGUGUUUGAUUUAAAUCAAUAGCAACUCUACGCAAGAUAUAGGGACAUGGUGUAUCAUUAAGCACCUUCUGUGAUAUAUUUUCUUUAAUAUUUCGUUUCUUUAAUUCACAUGGUAAGCCUAUAUUGGGACAGGCGAUCGGCCUCUAUAACAUUGCAUUUUUUAUUUUUUAAGUAUUGUACAAUUUUGUUGUUAAUUAGCAGAGUUUGCUUGUUUCUUUAUUUCGAUUAUAAAUGGCAAAUUCCUAGGCUUAUCAAGAAGCAAUCAUUAAGACCCUGUUAAGGAUUAGAAAUUCUGUAACUUUAAAUUGUUUUACAAAGAUGUCAAGUAAAAUUUUUUGUUUGCUUAAUAUUGAUUUCUAUUUACAAAUUCAUAGAUAAAUCUUCUGUAAAUCAUAGCUUGACUUGAAUUUAAUUUAUGCGUCAAUACAUAAAUAAAAUAAAUCUUUGAAUUUUGUCUUCCAUUGAGUAAGAUCCAAUUUCAAAUCAAACCGCUUUUAUUUGGCUCCGAGCUAUAUCAUUUAUCACUAAAAGUUUACACAAAAAUAAUUUCACAAAAUCAUGUGAUCUCAUUGCACUGAUGCGGUAGGCCUAAGGCCUACAAAAAACCUUAGACACCUUGCACCAAUUCUAGUUGAAAGUAACUGAAAUGCAUAUUUUUAAAAUGAAUUAUGUUAGAAGUUUGAAUGGAUGAUUUUAGGAGAUUUAAGAAAUUAUUGUUUAUAAAACAGAUCAGCGCUAUUCAAAUCUGAAUAUUUUUUUCAUACACUCUUAAAACAUUGGGUAAAAAUGCUCCAUGAGGGUAAUUAUGUGUCCAACUAAAAUUUGGCAUUUGUUUUGGGCAUUUUUAUUUAUCCAUUGUGAUGAAAAUUUUGCCCAUUCUAAAGUAAUUGCUGCUUAUUUUUUUAACCUUACUGGACAAUAUGCUUCCCGCAUUGGGUAAAAUGCUGCCACAAAUUGGUUGGACACAUAAUUACCCUCGUGCUGGUUAAAAUGUUACCCAAUAUUUUUUACAGCGUAUAGUGUAGGAUGUAAUUGGCUGUUACGUAGUUAUGUUUAUACAUGCCUACUCGUCAAUAGCCUAAUAUUUACACUUAAAAGUGAUUGGUCAAAAUAAUCAAAGUGUUUGGUGUGUGUGGAAAUUAAACAUUUCGAAAUGAACUGAUGAUUCCCAAUAAUUACCAUCUAAAUCAUUGAUCUUCUUCUCAAUGAUUUUGGCUGGACACAUGCAUUCACCACGUCAUUAUUCGUUUAUACACCAAUCAUUUCAAGAGUCUAAAAGUGUAAACGUUUGGUCUUUAUCUUCCGUAAUAACGUAACGCCUAUUAUUGUAGAUGUUUGUGAAUAUUAAUGUGUCAAAUAUACUCAGAUUUAAAAGUACAAUUUAUGUAAUUUCUUCCUUAUUGCUUAUAGCAUUUCGUGGUUCUUUUGCAAUAAAACAGUCAAAAUUGGACAAAGUUUUGAUCGAAAAUU